UGGUUAGCAGCUUAGUGCUCUGCUGUGGGCUGUUGGAUUUCUGCUUUCUGACUUUCUGUGAGGAUUUUUGACAAUUUAAUGAACCUUUAAGGGUUUUUAUUGUUUUUAAAAUUAUUUGAGGUGGGCUUGUAGUCAGAAGUGCAAAAUUCAGACUCACCUCAUUGUAAUUAAAUCAGAGUUGAUUAUAGUAUCAUUACAAAAGAGGUCUAUCUUCCUUAGAAGCAAACAAUGAAGCUGUUUUUGCUCUGUAUUCUCCUGACUACUGGAUUGAGUACCGCGCUCCGCAGUUCUCUCAACGACUACCAGCGCUCCGAGGGCCGGGAGCUCGUUCCGACCGCCUGGAACGCAGCUCGGAUGCAGAUGUUGCCCGGUUUGAACUUGGAGGAGUGCGCAAGCCGCUGCUCACAAUCUCAGGACUGCAGAGCUUUCAACUACGAGAUUCGUCCGAUUGGCACCUGUAAACAUCUGCCCUGGGUUGCCGACGGAAGCAACGCAGAAGUAAAGAGAAACGUCAACUGUGAUCUUUACGAGAAGAAAGUUUAUGUAAGGAAGUGCAUUGUAGGUAAAGGGGAAGACUACCGGGGGAAAGUUUUCACCACAAAAAGUGGACUCACCUGCCAGCAGUGGUGGUCAAAGUUUCCUCACGAUCACAGAUGGACUCCUUCGCCUACCAACGGUCUGGAGCUGAACUACUGCAGGAACCCGGACGGGGAUCGAAUCGGUCCGUGGUGCUACACCACCGACCCCGAGCGACGCUACGAAAGCUGCAACAUCCCACAGUGCAAAGACGAGGUGUGUAUCACCUGCAACGGAGAAGACUACCGAGGCCAGGUGGAUCACACUGAGAGCGGCAAAGAGUGUCAGAGAUGGGAUCAGCAAUUCCCUCAUCAACACAUCUACCAGCCUGAAAAGUACCCUGACAAGAGCUUAGAUGAUAAUUACUGCCGUAACCCGGACGCCUCUCCGGUGCCGUGGUGUUACACCACCGACACUGAAACAGAGAGAGAGAGCUGCGACAUCAGCAAAUGCACUGAAGUCCUUGUGGAGAAGAGGCAGCGCUCCAGCUUCACCACCAACUGCUUCAGAGGCCGAGGCGAAGACUAUCGUGGCAAAGUCAAUGAGACGGCGUCUGGCAUCCCCUGUCAGCGAUGGGACGUCCAGGUUCCUCAUCGGCAUCCCUUCAUCCCAAACAUCUAUGAGUGCAAGGGUCUAGAGGAAAACUACUGCCGUAACCCAGACGGUUCUGAGGCUCCCUGGUGUUUUACCUCAGUGCCAGAGAUGAGGACUGUUCUCUGCCUGCAGAUCAAACGCUGCGCUGAUGACAUAGAGGCCGAGGACUGCUACCAGGAAAAUGGAAAAAACUACAGAGGUGUCGUCCGCAAAACUCGCAAAGGCAUCACCUGUCAGAAAUGGAACGUGAACACACCUCAUCAGACCAGAAUAAACCCACGGACGCACCCGGACGCCAACCUGACGGAGAACUACUGUCGUAACCCAGACGGGGACCAACACGGGCCCUGGUGCUACACCACUGACCCCAAAACUGAGUUUGACUACUGCGCCAUUAAACAGUGUGCUGGAGAGAAAGUGCCACUGACAGAAACUGUAGAGACGGUGGAGUUCAGCGAGUGCGGGAAGAGAGACGACCGUCCCCAGCCGACCAGGUUGCGUAUCGUGAAUGGAAUCCCUGGGAACUCGCCGUGGACUGUGAGCCUCAGAGACAGGAAAGGAAACCACUUCUGUGGAGGAUCUCUGGUGAAUCCCAGAUGGGUGAUCAGCACAAAGCAGUGCUUCUCCUCCUGCUAUGUGGACCUUCCUGGGUACUCCGCCAUGAUGGGAACUCUUUUCCGUGACCCGCAGGAAGGAGAGCCUGGCAUGCAAACCAUUCCUCUCACCAAGAUUGUGUGUGGACCCUCUGAGUCUCAGCUGGUCAUGCUGCAGCUGGAGUAUCCGGCCCAGUUCAACGAGCGUGUCUCUCAGAUUUGCCUCCCUCCUGAGCGCUACAUAGUGCCCGAGCACACAAAGUGUGAAAUAGCUGGAUGGGGUGAGACGAGAGGGACGGGAGAUGAGACUGUCCUCAAUGUUGCACACGUGCCAGUUAUCAGCAACACUGAAUGCAACAGAUACUUCAGAGGUCGCAUUCGAGAAAAUGAGAUGUGCACAAACUCUUUUCAGGCUGGAGUUGGUGCCUGUGAGAAAGACUAUGGCGGCCCUCUGGCGUGUCAGAACGCCGACUGCUGGGUGCUGGAGGGCGUGAUCAUCCCCAUGAGGCGCUGCGGACACCCGGGACAGCCCAACAUUUUCAUUCGCGUGUCUGUGUACGUAGACUGGAUCAAGAAGGUCAUGGAGAUGGCUUAGCCAAUCUAGGAACUGAGCAAAUGCUUCAACAUUCGCAAGAGAUGGACAUUUUUAUUUUGUUAGAAGUUAAAACUUGUGCUAAUCAAACUGUACAAUUGGGAUUUAUGUCCAAUGUUAUGUAGCUAUGAUGCCACAGUGUUACCAGAAAGGGCUCUUACUGUAAACAUUAACACAGUGUAAUUUGUUGUUUUGUAUCUGCUCUAAGUUCUUUUAUUGCACUGAAACUUGGAGCUAAUUCAUUCUGAAAAUGUUGGUGUUUGCUAACAUUUUUUGCUAUGCUUUACAUUAUGGACUCCUUACAUUUUAAAGGGCCAGUAUUUUCAAGACAUAUAGUGGCGUGUGAUAGCACAAUAAAGUAACUACGUUA